AUGUUUCACCUUCACUCCCUAGUCCGCUGCCAUGCGCUCCUUCCAUCGAUCCAACUCCGUCGUCUCUUCUUCUCCACCGGUGCUUCCGCCUCCUCCUCAGUCGCCACCGCUUCUCCCGAUCCCCCCUUCCUUGUCGAGUACCUCGUGAAUACAUGCGGCUUCUCCACCGACGAUGCUUCCAAGGUCUCCAAGUCGCUCCCCCGUUUUCGGUCCGCCGAGAAGGCCGACGCCGUUCUUGGAUUUCUCAGAUCUCAGGGCCUUGAUGGCGCUAAUCUCAGAAAGCUAAUAACUUGGAUACCAACAUUGCUCGGCUGCGAUGUGCAGACGAUCCUAGCUCCGAAGUUCAAUUGUUUGCACGAAUUGGGGUUCUCUGAGUCCGACGCCGUCAAUGUCGUUAUGUUGCACCCCAUGAUUCUUUCCCUCAGCGUUCAGAACACGCUUCUCCCCAGAUUGAAGUUUUGGGAAAGUUUAUUUGGAUCGAGGGACAUUCUCCUCAGGAAUCUCCGGCGCUGUAAUAGGUUUAUGAGCACCAGCAUUGAGAAUGUGGUACGCCCUAACUUGAACUUCUUACGGGAUGAAUGUAAUAUUCCUGAAGAGCGGGUUUCUCGUGUCAUUAGAAGGCACCCCGGCUUCAUCGUGCAUAAUCCUGAAUCCCUCCGGGCUUUGGUAGAUAGAGCUGAGGGGAUUGGAAUUCCCCGUGAAUCUAAGAUGUUCCUCUGGAUCCUUGAUGUGCUGCACGGGGUCAGCAGGGAAAAAUUUGAGGUCCAAGUCAAGCUCUUGCACAGCUUCGGUUGGUCGAACUCGGAUUUCACUGCUGCAUUCAAGCAACGUCCAACCUUUCUAUGUCAUUCCACAGAAAUAUUGCAGAGGAAGAUGGAAUUUUUUAUCAAGGAUGUUGAAAUUAAACCUUCUGUGAUUGCUAACCACCCAAUCGUUUUAGCAUUUAGUUUGGAAAAGAGAUGCGCCAAUGUGAUGCUUCAAUUCCUGGUUCGCUGCUCUGCUCUCCCUCCUUCGACCCAACUCUAUCAUGUCUUCUUCUCCAUCAGCACAUCCGUCUCCUCCUCAGGUGCCACCUCUUCUCUCGAUCCCCACUUCUUGGUCGAGUACCUCAUGGAUACAUGUGGCUUCUCCGUUGAUGAUACUUCCAAGGUCUCCAAGUUGCUACCUCGUAUUGAGUCCUCCGAGAAGCCCAACGUCGUUCUUGGAUUCUUCAUAUCUCAGGGCCUUGAUGGUGCUAAUCUGGGAAGGAUACUAGCUUGGAAACCACGAUGCUUGGCUGGGAUGUGGAAAUGA